ACAGGAGCGGAAACGUCUAUAUUUCGGCGCCCUGUUCAACUUCAGUGAGCAUCCAGAACUGGUGUAGAUUUUAUUCUCGCUGACCGGUUCUCCUCCUCAGUGAUGGAGUACGGAAAAGAAAGAGUGGUGGCGUUAGUCGACAUGGACUGCUUUUACGUCCAGGUGGAACAGAGGCUGAAUCCAGCUCUGAGGAACACUCCCUGUGUGGUGGCCCAGUACAAGACGUGGAAAGGAGGCAGUAUCAUAGCUGUGAGCUACGAGGCAAGGGCCCAUGGUGUCACCAGGAACAUGUGGGUGGAUGAUGCAAAGAAACUGUGCUCAGAUCUCCAGGUGGCGCGAGUGCGUGAGUCUCACGGCAAGGCAGAUCUAACACAUUACAGGGAGGCGAGUGUGGAGGUCAUUGAGGUGAUGUCUCGCUUUGCAGUGAUUGAACGAGCCAGCAUUGACGAGGCCUACAUGGAUCUAACUGCUGCGGUCCAGCAGCGGCUGAAAAACAUGACUGAGAAACAAAUAGAGCCUCAUCUGCUGAAGACAACUUACAUCCAGGGGUAUCCACAAAGUUCACCUGAACUGGAAGCAUCUGCAGAGGAUGCUGUCUUGGAUAAAGAGGAGCAAAGGUCCAGAGGUCUCCAACAGUGGCUGGCGUCCCUACCUGUCCCUCUCUCAGGGGAGCACAAUUCUGCAGACCUGCAGCUAACUGUGGGGGCACUCAUUGUUGAGGAAAUGAGAACAGCUGUGGAGAAACACACAGGUUUCCGCUGUUCGGCAGGGAUAUCACACAAUAAGGUACUGGCCAAACUAGCCUGUGGACUGAACAAACCUAACCGACAAACUGUUCUGCCUUUGGACUCUGUGACAGAACUUUUCAGCUCUUUACCCAUCAGCAAAAUCCGUAACCUGGGGGGUAAGCUGGGUGUCUCCAUUACGGAAACUCUGGGAGUAGAGAACAUGGGAGAUCUGACUCGCUUCUCUCAGGCCCAACUGGGACAGCACUUUGGAGAAAAAACAGGCCAGUGGCUGUAUGACUUGUGUCGGGGAAUUGAGUUUGAAGCAGUGAAACCCAGACAGCUUCCCAAGUCCAUCGGCUGCAGUAAAAACUUCCCUGGGAAGACAUCGCUGGCCACAAAAGAGCAGGUACAGUACUGGCUUCAUCAACUGGCUCUUGAGCUGGAGGAAAGGCUGACCAAAGACAGGGAAGCGAAUGGACGAGUGGCUAAGCUUUUAACAGUAGGAGUACGUCAGCUUGGGGAUAAGAGGCCGAGCAGCUUCUCUCGUUGUUGUGCUUUAGUGCGCUACGAAGCGACCAAGAUAUCCAAUGACAGUUUUGCCAUUAUCAAGAGCCUCAGCACAGCAGGAAGCCACCAGGCUACAUGGACUCCACCCCUCACCCUACUACACCUCUCAGCUAGCAAAUUCAGCGAUGCCCCAUCAGCAGGGGGAAUAGCUGGUUUCCUUUCAAGCGACGCCACUUCAUCCCAGAGCCUUUCCUCCACCACUCAGCCCUCCACCCAGCCACCCUCUGAACUGAAAAAUGAUUCAGCAUGCAAACAGCCUGGCACUAUUCAGUCCUUCUUUCAAAAGGCAGUGGAGAAAAAAAAACAGAAGGUAACAAAAGAGGAUGAAGAUGAAGAUGGAGGCUCCACAAGAAUUCUCCCCUGUUCCUCCACCUCACCCAAAACCUCUGCAGCUGGUAGUCAAUUAGAGAUAGAUACCAAUGGUCUGGUUUCAACUUCCUCUCAUUCUAUAAAUGGUUCCUCCAGCCCCCAUCAUGGCAUUUCUUCUUUCUUCCACAAGAAGAGUCUUGAAAGAAGUUCACAGGCCUCAGCACCACCACCUGGGACUGUCAAUGAAAAAGAAGACUCAGAAGAAGAGUUUACAUCUCACCAGUCACCAGGUGAAGAGCUAAAGGAUGAACUGGACAUCGAUCCGGAGGAAAAUCGCCAUCCUCCCAGUGUGGCCAGAGAAGACCUUAUAAACUGCGAACGAUGUGGCCAGGAGGUGUUGGUCUGGGAAAUGCCUGAACACAAUGAUUAUCACUUUGCCCUUGACCUUCAGAAUUCACUCUCUUCAUCUAUGAGUUCAGCACCUGUCUCUACCUCUUCCUCCACUGCCUCUGCAUCUCCUUUCAGAGUGGGAGCAGCUGGCACGGCCCAGUCCACCCGGGGCAAGACGAAAUCCAGAGGCCAGUCAGGACCUCAGCCAAAAAGACCCCGCUCUCAAGGUGGAAGCACAGGCACUCUGGAUUCUUUUUUUAAGAGGAAUUGAAGAUGUACUGUAGAACAGUAUCUUUAAAUAAAAUAAAAUACAAAUUUCUGGAAAUGUGUGCAUAUAUCAGAAACAGUGUGAUAUGCACUCGCUUAAAGAAUGGAAAGCCAUAUUUAAGUUAUGGAUGUUAUAUAUAUGGCUUUAUAUUAUAAGAAUGUGAUCAAAUUGAAGAAAGUGUUUAUGCACUUUGUUUUCAUGCAUACCUUAUAUUAUGAAGGGAAAGGCAUAUUUUCAAGUACUAUUUUGUGAACCAGAGUAUAUUAAAGAUACUUUUUA